ACACUUCAGACGAACGAAAUCAGUUGAGGAAGUUCCGUGGAGGCGCAGCCACAGGCCAAACGCAUUUCCUUCGCAUUUCCUGGCUGAUUUGCUGAAAGUAACCGUAAAUUAACUAAACCAACACACGUAUACAUAUACGAGUACACCCAGCACACAGAGGGCGCAACGUUAUUGGGUGAGCCUCAGCGUGUGGCAAUGUCCAACUCGGUGGCUUGCAUCUGCAACAUCGUGCAUCCGUGUCGUAAUGAGGUUGCCGGCACUUUUGUACUGCUACAGUGGAUUAUAACGGGUCUAGCGGCUAUUGUGAAGGUUAUACGCCCAGUUUGGUUGUUAUUUGGCGUGCGCACGCAUGUACCGUUAAGAGAUGAAGAUUAUAAUAGCACUUGGCUGUACAUGGCGAACGGCGAUGGUGAGACCGAAUUGGCUUAUCUACUGGAACCACCACCUGAAGUCGAGCGUAAUAUGCCGAUGUUUGUGCAGUUCGAGUACUACAACAGCCCACAUGCACUCAGCCCCUACAUCAGCAAUAUCUCCAUUGAACCCUCCGACGAGACACCAUUUCAGCGUCACGAAACGCACGAGGAGUGGGAGCAGCUGCUGGUGGAGUUCAAACCUGAAUUGGAUACGAAAAUGCUAGUGCACGGUUGGAAGUCGAGCACACAGAGUCGUUCAAUACAGUCGAUACGCGAGGCCUACGCACGACGCGGUAAUAUGAAUGUGUUUGCUAUCAACUGGCGCGAUCAGGCGGAGAGCAUUUAUUAUUUGAAACCGGCGCGCUACGCCAUACACGUCGGACGCGCCAUAUCACGUCUGAUUGAUUUGCUGGUGGAGGAGUAUUAUGCGCGGCCGGAGCGCAUACAUUUGAUUGGUCAUAGUUUGGGUGCGCACAUUAUGGGUUAUGCGGGUUCUUAUGCACGUUACAGAGUUGGGCGUAUUACGGGUCUAGAUCCUGCUCGUCCUGCUUUUGAAAACUGCAUUGGUCCGGAGAAUCAUUUGGAUGCAACCGACGCGGAGUUCGUUGAUAUCAUUCAUAGUUGUGCUGGUAUUUUGGGCUUUAAGAAACCUAUUGGCUCUGUUGAUUUCUAUCCGAAUGGCGGGCGUGCUCCACAACCCGGUUGCAGUGAGCUGGCAAAGAUUUUCACCGGCUGCAGUCAUGGUCGUUCCUAUGAAUAUUUCGCCGAAUCCAUUAACUCCGAGUUGGGCUUCUACGCCAACGGCUGUGAUACGCUUGCUGAUGUCGCAGCUAAGAAUUGUAGCGGCGAACGUAUACUUAUGGGUGAUCCAGUACCGUUCUAUGCGCGUGGGGUAUACUUUCUGAAGACAGCGGAUAAGCCGAGUUUUGCUUUGGGCGCAAAAGUGUAAUGGACAGGAGAAUAUAUGAGUGUGUUGAUAUGGACCAGAUUAGUCUGGAAAGGCUUUCAAGAAUAAAUAAAAUAUUUAAAGCAUAA